UCAGUUCGGCGGCGGUCAGACGGAGAGCCGGAGAUUAUGGAUCAGAAGGUGGGCUUGUUGGUUCUCCUGGCUGCAGGCCUGCUCUGCCUCAGCGUGGCCCCCCUCUCUGGAGCCCAAGACCUGAUGGAGGACGCUCUGGGGGACGAGGUGGACGUGGAGGACGAGCUGGACCUGGGCAUGGCUGCAGGGGACGAGGAGGACGAGGAGCUGGACGGGGACAUGCAGGACGAAGCUCCUGCUGCUCCCAAAGCUCCUCCAGUACCCAAGGUGACCUACAAGGCUCCUGAGCCAAUGGGAGAACACUACAUCGCUGAGUCUUUUGACCGCGGGACACUAGACGGGUGGGUUCAGUCCAGCGCCAAGAAGGAGGACACAGACGAAGACAUCGCCAAGUACGACGGUAAAUGGGCGGUGGAGGAGAUGAAGGACUCUAAGCUGCCAGGUGAUAAAGGUCUGGUCCUCAAGUCUCGGGCCAAACACCACGCCAUCUCCGCCCAGCUGCUGCGACCUUUCACCUUCGACACCAAGCCGCUCAUCAUCCAGUACGAGGUGAACUUCCAGUCGGGGAUCGACUGUGGAGGAGCCUACGUCAAGCUGCUGACCCAGACCCCAGACCUGGACCUGGACCAGUUUGUGGAUAAGACUCCGUACACCAUCAUGUUCGGACCCGACAAGUGUGGAGAAGAUUACAAGCUGCACUUCAUCUUCAGACACAAGAACCCAAAAACUGGAGAAUAUGAAGAGAAACACGCCAAGAAACCAGACGCAGACCUGAGAACCUACUUCACCGACAAGAAGACCCACCUCUACCAGCUGGUGGUGAGCCCUGACAACACCUUCGAGCUGUCCGUGGACCAGACGGUGGUGAACAGCGGCAGCCUGCUGACUGACGUCACCCCCCCCGUCAACCCCCCCGCAGAGAUAGAAGACCCCGACGACCAGAAACCUGAGGACUGGGACGAGAGGCCCAAGAUCCAGGACCCGGCCGCCACCAAGCCUGAGGACUGGGACGAGGACGCUCCGGCCCAGGUCCCUGAUGAGGACGCAGUGAAACCAGACGGCUGGCUGGACGAGGAGCCGGAGUACAUCGGAGACCCCGACGCCGUCAAACCUGAGGACUGGGACGAGGACAUGGACGGGGAGUGGGAGGCCCCUCAGGUCCCUAACCCGGCCUGUGAGACGGCCCCCGGCUGCGGCGCCUGGAAAAGACCGAUGAUCGACAACCCCAACCACAAGGGCAAGUGGAAGCCCCCCAUGAUCGACAACCCCAACUACCAGGGCGUGUGGAAGCCGAGGAAGAUCUCCAACCCGUCGUUCUUCGAGGACCUGCAGCCGUUCAGGAUGAGCCCGUUCAGCGCCGUGGGGCUGGAGCUCUGGUCCAUGACCUCCGACAUCUUCUUCGACAACUUCUUCAUCAGCGACGACAGGAACACGGCGGAGCGUUGGGCCAACGACGGCUGGGGCCUGAAGAAGGCCGCCGAGGGCGCCGCAGACCCCGGUCUGGCCACCCAGAUGUGGGACGCUGCCGAGGAGCGUCCCUGGCUCUGGGUCGUCUACGUCCUCACAGUCGCUCUGCCGCUGGUCCUCAUCAUCGUCUUCUGCUGCACCGGGAAGAAGAAGAGUCCCGCCACGCCGGCCGCCGAGUACAAGAAGACAGACGAAGCUCAGCCUGACGUGAAGGACGGAGAGGACGAAGGAGAGGAAGAGGAGGACAAGGAGGACAAGGCCGGAGACGCCGAAGAAGACAAGAGCAGUCCAGCUGCAGCAGAGAAGAGUGAUGGAGAGGAGGCUCCUGCAGAGGAAGAGGAGGAGGAGGAAGAGGAGGAGAAGGAGGAGAAAGACGCGUCGGCUGACGAGAAGUUGGAGGAUGACGUUCUGCGGAGAUCUCCGAGGAACAGGAAGGUCAGAAAGGACUGAUACUGACCUCUGACCUCUGACCCCCUCCCCUCAUUACCCCCCUCCCCCCUCCUCUUCUUCUACUCUCCGCUGCGAGGCGGCGACGCCCCGAUGGACGCCGACAGGAAGCUACCGAGACUCCGCCGGACGCUCCCAUGAUGAUGAUGAUGAAGAUGAUGAAGAUCGUUAGCGAGAUUUAAAGGAUUCUUUUGUUCUUUUUGAAAGAGAUUAACUGAGAUUAACUAAAACUUCCUGCAUCAUUCCUUAACGACCGCCGAGCAGAAUCCGACCGCGGGAACGCCGCCGCCGCCACCGCUAACCUGAACGACCACGCCCCCAAACAGCUACAUGCUAACUAGCUCCCAGCUACAUGCUAACAAGCCUCCCAACAGACAGAACCACCGUCCUGCUCUCCUGAUAAUUAGCCCAUUAGCAGGAUGCUAACGAGGCUAACAGCAGUCUGAAUUUUCCAACACGCAAAGCUUGUCGAUUAGCCUCCCAACAGGCAGCUAGUUAGCUCCCUAGCAGGGUGCUAACGUGGCUAACGGUCAGAGAAACCACCGUCCAAAAGUCUCACCAGUUAGCGCAACAACAGGCUGCUAAUAAACCUCCUGAAAGACAGUUAGCCGCUAGUUAGCCUACAGUUUGAGCUAAGCUGCCAUGAGCCAGCUUCGAGCUAAUGGACUGCCAGUUAGCCAGCUAGCAGGGUGCUAACUAGGUUAACAGUAAUGUGAAUUAUCCAACAAACGGUCAGAAAAACCAUCAAACAAAAGCUCUCCAAUUAGCCUCCCAACAGGCAGCUAGCUGGGUGCUAACUAGGCUAAUAGUAAUCUGUCUCCAGUCAUUUUAAUUAGCCGCUAGUUAGCUCACAGUUAAAGCUAAGCUACUAUGAGUCAGCUUCAGGCUAGCAGCUUGCUAAUUAGCCACCUAGCAGGUUGCUAAUUAGGCCAACAAUGGUCCAAAUUAUCCAGCGAAUUUGCCAACUGAAAGUCUUUCCAGUUAUCCUACCAACAGGUGGCGCUAAUUAGCUCGCUAGCAGGGUGCUAAGUCAGCUAACAGGAUGUAAAAUCUCACCCAGUCUGCAGGCUAGCACUUAGCAUCAGGGAUUUAACCCACAAGUGUUGUUGCUAAUUAAACUCGUAGAGCUAAUUAGCUGGUGAGGAUCUCGAUGGUGAUUUGUCAGUUUGUCCUCCAGUUAAAGUCGCCUGAAGCUAACAGCUAGCGGCGGCUAACAGGCCCACAGAUAGUUAUUAACUGACCAACAGCUCGUUAGGUAUCCUCCUACUAACAGUUAGCUUAAAGAGUAGCUAGCUGAUUAGCGGCCGUGCUAAUAUUUAAAAUUUUCUUUUUGGUGUCUAAUUUUCUCGUCAUAUAACUGUUUUUUGUUCUGAAGCUGUUAGCUCCACACGUAGCGCUCAUGUUUCCUCCUCAGAGUUCCUGCUGCCUGUCUGUCUGUCGUCCUGGUGGCAGCGGGGAGGUCAAAGGUCAACAAGGGUCAAAGGUCAGGAGUCUCUGCAGCCUCCGAACGCGACUUUAACGUAAAAACCUCAAAUCUCUGUUUGCUCUGUGUUUGUUCUCUCUGUCGUCAGAUAUUAUCGACUUUAAUUCCUGAGAUAUUUUGCUACUGUUUCGCCUGAACGAGCUCGUUAGCACCUCGUUAGCAGCUCGUUAGCAGCUCGUUAGCGCCUCCUGUCCAAUCAGUUUCUGUCUCUCAGUUUAACGUCUCUGAUGGUUUCUGUUUCCUCUCAUUGAGUCUUUACAGUCAGAAAUUACCUGUUACGUUAUUUAUCUUAAAAUAACGACUUCCGAUUUCGAGAUAGCGACUUAAAUAUGUCGAAAUAAUAAACAAUAAUUGCUUACACAUCUCAAGAUAACGACCUGUCUCUCAGUAAUUACAACUCAUGAGAAUCUCUUGGAUUUAGAUCGUUUCUAUUGAGUAUUUCACAUUAUUUCAAGAUAAAUUAUUCAGUUUUUUUGCUGUUGAAAGUUGAUUAUAUUAUACAGAAACAAACUUGUUUCUUUUAUAACGACUUUCAGGGUUUUUUCCGACACAUUCAUGGAAAUAUUUCCAUAUUUUCCGACCUCCAUCUCUUGGGUUUCCUGUCCGUCUCGCUGGUUUAGUUUCUUUAUUUCUCAGCUGUUUGUGUCUCUGAGCUGCCGUCUCGUCUGCAGGUGGACGUCGUCCCGCCCCUUAAUGUCCUCGACCCCAUAUGAAAAGAAAACGGCACUAAAAGGGGAAACAAACAAACAACCUCAGGCGCUUAAACCCUCCCAGCCCUCCACCUGCACCACCUCCUCCUCCUCCUCCUCCUCUUCACCUCCUUACUGAGUUUUUAGCCCCUAGUUUCUAAAGAGACGGCACUUGAGCGUGACAAAGGACUCGUAGUUUAACUCGUAGUUUAACUCCGGAGCUUUCAGCUGCAUCUCUUGGUCUUCUUAAGGAGAAAGAGUUCGUCUGAAUAUCAUCAAUGACAGAAGUUACAUAAUAUUAACUUUUGGAGACUUUUCUCCGUUGAUGAAGACCAGCAGAUGAGGCUGAAAGCUCUGGAAAAAGCUUGUAAAACAGAGUUAAGACAAAACAGAAACUCAACGUAUCUUACACAAUUUUCUGGCUUUUUUUUUUUCUAUAAUCACAGUUUUUAAUGAUAAUUUAGUCGUAACAAUGUCAUCUCAAACAGCCAAUCAGAGGCGUGUUUAACUGUUCCCGUUGAAGACCAGGAGAAGAGCCGAAAGCUCCGGAAAAACUUUCAAAAUGUAACUUUUUUUCUGCUAUAAUCAUCGUUUUUAUGUUGAUUAAGUCGUUCGUAAUUUAUGCAUGUGAUGAUGUCAUCUCAAAGAGAGGAAACAAACUGAGACUCGCCAAAAUAAAAGCUGAUAUCUUCAGGAUUUAGCUGUAACGGUUUCUUUGCUCGUGGUCUUCAUCGAGGAGAGUUUGUCUGAAUAUCAUCACUGAGAGAAGUUGCAUCAUAUCAACUUUUGCAGACUUUCUCCCGUUGAUGAAGACCAGCAGAUGAGGCAGAAAGCUCCAGGAGAAGCUUUAAACAGGCCUUCAGCUGAGAAAUGUCUCAAUAUGUCAGGAAAUUCACUGUCAGAAUAUGACGUUAAUUCUGCUAUAAUCACCCUUUUUUAUGUUAAUUAAGUCGUAACAAUGUCAUGUCGAAGAGCAGAAACGAACUGCGACUCGCCAAAAUAAAAGCUGAAAUGUUCAGGAUUUACCUUUUUUUUUUUUAAACGGUUUCUUUGGUCGUCUGCAGUCGUUCUGACCGAGUCUCGACUUGGUUCACCUGGUUGACCUGGUUGAACUCGUUGACUUGGUUGACCAGAUGUUGACUAGGUUGAACUUGUUGACUUGAUGUUGACCAGAUGUUGACUUGGCGUUGACCUCCCUCUAGCGCCGCCAUCAGGACCAAAUCUUGUCCAGAGCAGAAAUAAUCUCCUGAAGUUUGCUUGUAAAGAUUCUAAAUUAUGUGUCUGUUGUGUUUUUUUAUUGUCAUCAUGAACUGAGCGAAGGUUGGGAACAGGAAGUGUACAGCUGUGGAGAUUUAAUCUGAAAUAAAUAAAAUCUGGUUUUGUGAAUCUUGAACUUGUGGAAAAAGAAAAACCGUCGUGAGUCUGAUCGAUGUUUCUGUGUCUCUGUGUUCAAACUGUUCAAACAACUAAAGGUUUCUUUGUUUUCUGCCAAAUGAUGGAAGAAAAAAACUUUCUGGAAAUAACAAAUAAUAUCUUAAAAAUAAUGAAGAAAUUCCUCCAAAAAAAUCACUUGGUAUCUUGUAAUUUAUUUAAGAAAAAAAGACUUUGUAUCUUGAAAUAAACAACAAAAAAUAUGUUUAAAUAAUUGGGUAAAAAAUUACUGUAUCUUGUUAUAAUGAUGCAUUUUGGGGGGAAAAAAGUCUCCAAAAUAAUUAAGAAACUUUCUUGAAAUGUCAUUUUAACUAAUAAAUAAUAAUAUAUAAAUUCUCCUAAACUUGAACUAAUGACUAAUUUGGAAAAAAUAAACUCUAAUUAAUUAAUUUUGGGGGGGAUUUUCUUAUUAUUUUGAGUUAAAAUGUAAAUUAUCCAAAUAAAAGAAAUUUUCGAAUAAUUUUCUCAUAUUUGGAUAAUUUAAAUUUUGAGCACUUUUCAUUAUUUUUUAAAUACUAAACGAGUAUUUCGAGAGAGUUUCUAACAGAAUCUCGUCCAUCAUUCGGCUACAUUUUCUUUAUUUUUUUCGGGCCUGAACGAGCUUCCGUAGUUGUUUCUGUCGUGUAAUUGAGGGGUUUUCUUUGAGCGAGCUGCGCUGUGAUUGGCUGACGGGGUUCUGACAGGCGUUUGAAGAAUGAAUAAAUAAAUAAAUAAAUAACGGGGAGAGUUUAGAGUCUCUGGUGUCUGUGAGGUCGAUUUGGGGGCUCGAGGUGAACCGGAGGUCCCGGAUCCAGAACCUUUAUUUCCCUUUUUCUUUGUUUUUUAGGGUAAAAACUUGAGAUAGUUUGUUGUUUCCGAACUUGAUCGUCUCUUCUCUCGUCGUAGUCUCAGAUUAUUUCUAACACUGAACCUGCUGGUGACAUCAUCGACCUGCUGGUGACAUCAUCACUCUGUAACGCUCUGUAACUUUUUAUUAUUAUUAUUGUUUUUUGUGUUUUGAACUAUCAGACGGUUUCUGAUGACACACACUCAGAGAGACGCGACACACUAACGAUGAAAGUAAAUACUGUGACGAUGGCGCCCCAGGUGUGUGUGUUUAUGUGUGUGUGUGUGUGUGUGUGUUUGUUUACACACAGUCAACAUUUGUUUUGAUGAAUAAAAAGGCCAAAUGGAAACUCAA